CACCACCAGAGUCCAUAUAGCAAAAUUUCAUUAUCAGUGUCCUAGUCUGGUGUCUGACUCUAGAACCACAGCUAGUUGUUGUGGUGUAUAGGCACCACCAGAGUCCGUCCAUAGGCCUACUCUGUUAUUACAUCCUGUGGUAACAAUGCAAUCACUAUCGGUACAAUCAGAGGUUUUGCUAAUUGUAUCCUAUAGUGUGACUCUGACCAUACUCAGUUGUUACAUCCUGUAGAAUGUAUUCACCAUUAGUACAGUAUAACGCAGAGAGAUUAUACUAUCCGUGUCUUAGUCUGACGUCAGAAUGUAAACACCCUCCGUUAUUGUAUACAACCACAACGUAGAUAUGGUUGUUUCAUCGUGUCCAGGUCAUGCUUUGUAUUGCGCGAAUCUGUUUGGGUAAAAUGAAGGGAGCAAAUUAUUUUAAUCAAGCUGUCAGAAAAAUGACGUUACAUUCAUCACACAUGGUGUCUGAUACAUCAUGAUGGACGUGACUUUAACACAAUUUUAACUGCGUGAAACGUUUUUGAAACUAUUCAUUUUUCACGGAUAACCGAGCUUUUUCACGGAUGUACCGACGUUCGAUACGCUAUAGUUCACAUCCUUCUUCAUCACUAUAACAAUAGCCUAGUUCAAAGACAAGCUAGACGUUCCUACCAUAACGCCUAGCUUCGGUCAUAUAAAAUUUCACGGGGACAAUUUCACUUAAAAAAAGGGAUCGAACCGUACCUUAUUUUUGCUACUCUCCGAUUCCCUAAACCUCCCGAAAUGUAGUGUGUCAAAGCCAACAUUAAAACGGUUGGAUUACUGCCGAAAGAUGGUUUACCAAUGCUGGCUUUGACAUAUUAUAUUUCGGACGUUUUAGGGAAUCGGUGGAUAGCAAAAAUAAGGUAGAGUUCGGGCCGUUUUUUUUUUAGUGAAAUUGUCCGGUGAAUUUCAUAUGACCGAAGCUGGGCGUUACGGUUGGAACAUUCAGCUUAGCUUUGAGCUAACCACAGCAGCAACAGGUAUAUUGCAGAGGCCGUAUUUGAGCUGAAAUCUCCAAGGCAGGGUAACGGCUUACAAACUGACUGGUGUCUGAAGAGAACAUCCAGAGAACUAUGGCUGUUUCGACGAAUCGUGUCCAACCCUCAGUCCUUGUAUUCUACGUAAAUGGCAAAAAGAUUACCGACGAUGGUGUUGAUCCAGAGACAACUCUUCUCCAAUACCUUCGUGUAAAACUGCGACUGACGGGUACAAAGUUGAGCUGUGGAGAGGGAGGAUGUGGAGCCUGCACAGUGAUGUUGUCCAGAUACGACAAGGCCUCUAAUAACAUCAAGCACAUGACCGUCAUGGCGUGUAUGUACCCCAUGGGGGAGGUGCACGGGAUGGCUGUAACAACUGUCGAAGGGAUAGGCUCCCUGGGGCAGGGAAUGCACCCAGUCCAGGAGCGGAUUGCUAAAGCCCACGGUAGCCAAUGUGGAUUCUGUACGCCGGGGAUGGUGAUGAGUAUGUACUGUCUACUGAAGAACAACCCCACGCCGAGUGAAGAACAAGUGGAGAGGGAAUUAGAGGGAAACCUUUGCCGUUGUACAGGAUACAGACCCAUACUAGAUGGUUUCAAAACCUUCGCAAAGGAAUGCCCGAUGGGAGAGAACUGUUGCCAACGAGGUGGAACCGAAGCAAAUGAAGAUGAGCGGAUUUCCACAAAAUUGUUCAACCCCAAAGAGUUCACUCCGUACGACCCUUCCCAGGAUCCAAUAUUCCCGCCAGAAUUACAGCGGACAGAAACGUAUGACAAAGAGAGUUUGCGAUUGGUUGGCGAGAGGGUCAUGUGGUACCGACCCCUAAAUUUGGAGGAGCUUCUGGCUUUGAAAACCAAGUUCCCGGAUGCAAAGCUUGUUCGGGGAAACACUGGUCUGGGACUCUCUAAGAUAGCUUUCCCUGUCCUGAUAUCCAUCUCCCGUAUCUCGGAACUCUCUGGAGUCAGGGUCUCUGAUGAGGGUAUCCGUGUGGGCUCAGCCACGACCCUGUCAGAACUGGAUGAAUCCUUACAAGAAGCCCGCAAAACUCUGCCAGACUACAAAACAAGGGUCAUCGACGCUCUGUUGAAAAGUUUAUCCCGAUUCGCAAACCAUCAGAUUAGAAAUGUUGCGAGUAUAGGUGGUAACGUCUUAAAAGCCCAUGGGGUCUCUGAUCUACAGACAGUGCUGCUCGCAGCUGGGGUCACCUUAACAAUGGUCACUUCAGCUGGAAAACGAAAGUCGGUCGUUAUUGGAGAGGAUACAACUUGCGAGGAAUUAGCGACCGAUACUGAUCUGAUUCUUCUGGACAUCUUUAUACCUCAUCCUGGAAAGCACGAGUAUUUUCACGUGUCCAAAGAGUCUCUGCGUCGGACAAACGACUCGGCCAUUGUGAUCUCCGCCAUCAAGGUCACUUUGAGGGAGGACACCGACGAAAUCAAGUCCAUUUCGUUGUCUUACGGAGGCAUUUCAGCGUUUUCAGUUCUAGCAAAAAUCGCCAUGAAAAGCGCAGUUGGCAGGGUAUGGGAGGAGCGACUUGUGAGUGACAUGUGUCAGUGGCUGCGUGAGGACAUCUCCCUAUCCCCGGGAUCGUCAGGGGGGAUGACCGAGUACAGACAAAUUCUGGCCUCCAGCCUCUUCUUCCGCUUCUACCUGACUGUAGCUGAUCAGCACUGUAGAUAUGUGGGUAAGCAGAGCGGUGUCCCUCCUUCCCAGCAGAGUGGAUCUUGUGGACUGAAGAGGGACCCAUCCAGCGGUCUCGUUUUUCACGAGGAAGUCUCCCCUGGUCAGCCGGUUGAAGACCCCAUAGGCCGUUCCGUGGUGAUGCCAUUUACGCUGACGCAUGCUACUGGCGAGUCGGUUUUCCUGGACGACAUACCUCCAUAUUCUAACGAACUUCAUUUAGGCCGCGUGAUGAGCACUAAAGCUCAUGCUAAAAUCCUGAACAUUGAUCCGACGGAGGCCCUUAAGAUGCCAGGGGUUGUGGAAUUUGUGACUUACAAAGAUGUCCCUGGGAAGAACUAUUGGCUAAAUUUAGAGGAGGAAUUGUUCGCAUCUGUAGAGGUCACGGUACAAGGUCAAACCAUUGCCGCCAUUUUGGCAGACACUCACGAGCACGCUGUGAGGGCGGCUAGGGCCGUGAAGGUGGAAUAUGAAGAACUGGAGGCAGUGAUAACCAUAGAGGACGCUAUCAAGGCGAAUUCCUUCUACUUCCCGAAGAAAGUGUUUGUGGACGGUGACAUUGAGGCGGGAUUCCGCGAGGCUGAUCAUGUGAUCGAGAAAGAGAUGCGAAUAGGAGGUCAGGAGCAUUACUACAUGGAAACCCAGUCCUGCCUGGCCGUGCCCCAGACCGAGUACAGACAGAUGGAGGUCAUAUCCGCCACACAGUUCCACGCCUUAGCCCAGAUGGUCACAGCGGAGGCUCUGGCGGUGCCUUCUAACUAUGUGAUUUGUAAAAGUAAACGCUUAGGUGGUGCUUUCGGUGGAAAGAUUUUGCGAUCUGCAGCUCAUGCUGCGAUUACAGCAGUGGCCGCUAAUAAGUGUGGUCGUCCAGUCCGCUGUGUACUAGACCGUGACGAGGACAUGGCCAGCACCGGGACACGUCAUCCAUUUCUGGCCAAAUACAAGGUGGGCAUCUCAGGAACCAGGAUCACAGCCCUGGAUAUGGAGUUCUACUGUAAUGCCGGCAACGCGUCCCUCUCAUCUGGCGGGUUCAUUGACAAAAGCAUCCUGCACACUUGUAACACGUUCAAAGUGCCUAACAUCCGUGUUACUGGCUACGCCUGCAAGACAAACAUCACAUCCUGUAACCCGAUGAGAGCCUUCGCCUGUGUCCAGAUGGUAUUGGCCAGCGAGGAUUUCUUCGGCCUGGUUCACGAAGAAAAUAUGUACAGGGAAGGGGAUGUUACGCCAUCGGGCCAGGUCCUCAAGCAUUACAACGUCAGGAAGUGCUGGAAGCAAUGCUAUGACACCAGUGACUACUUGGAGAGGUCCAGGGCAGUAGAGAUAUUUAAUAGUGAGAACCGCUGGAAGAAAAGAGGGAUUGCAAUGACCACGACAAAUCAAGGAAUAUCCAACACUGAUACAUCGGCCAAUCAGGCAGGUGCGUUGGUACAAGUAUACAAAGACGGCUCCGUUCUGUUGGCACAUGGUGGAUCUGAGAUGGGACAAGGGCUCAAUAACAAGAUGAUUCAGAUAGCAAGUCGUGUGCUGAGAAUCCCGUAUUCACGGAUCCAUAUCUCCAGUACCAGUACGGAAACAGUUCCUAACAGUUCUCCUUCUGGUGCCAGUAUCACCGCUGAUGUCAACGGCAUGGCAGUGAAGGCGGCCUGUGAAACUAUAAUGGAUCGCUUAGAUACUUUCACACAAGAAAACCCGAACGGUAACUGGACUGACUGGGUGAUGGCAGCGUACAAAGCCAGGGUUUCUCUGUCCGCCACUGGAUUCUACAGGACACCAGAUUUGAACUACAACACCGACACCCUGCACGGUGAAGUGUUCAAUUACUUCACGACAGGGGCUGCUUGUUCCGAGGUAGAGAUAGACUGCUUGACGGGCGAAUACCAGAUUUUACGCACUGACAUUGUGAUGGAUGUUGGGAGUAGCCUGAAUCCAGCGGUGGACAUAGGCCAGAUCCAAGGCGCAUUUGUUCAGGGUUGUGGGCUGAUGCUGACAGAGCAGUUAAAGAUCACCCCGGAUGGCAAGGUCUUAACCCGGGGCCCUUUCAGUUACAAAGUACCGACGGUCAGAGACAUCCCCCAGGAGUUUAAGGUAUCUCUCCUGAAAGGAACUCCUAACCCCCGGGCAGUGUACUCAUCUAAGGGUAUCGGUGAGCCCCCAGUCGCCUUAGCGGCGUCUGUGUUCCUAGCUAUCAAAGAUGCCAUCAUGUCGGCCCGCUUCGACUCGGGUUUAUCCGAAAACUUUCAACUGGAUUCACCGGCGACUAUCGACAAGAUCCGACUGGCGUGUACUGACAGGUUUACAAAAGAGUUUCCAAUCGCUGAACCUGGAACUUUCAAACCCUGGUUUGUUGACCUUUGACGUUUCCAUUCAUCCUGGAUAUUGAAAUCGAUUCGUGAACACCGCAAAGAGGAAACUUUGUUGAAUGUUUAUUGGUGCCAAGUUUAAAGUGAUCAGUUUUAAUGGAUAUUGUGAAACAAUUACUAUUUAUACAAAUAGAAACCAAAUUAUUUGGGAAUCAACGUAUCUCGUUCUUAAGGUGUAAACUGAUAUAGCACUAAUUUCUCAAAAGUGUCUUAAACUCCAAAGUAUUUCCUUAAUUUCACAUACCAGUUGUUAAGGAAGCAUAAAAUAUAUCUUAUAAUUAUUAUUCCAUACACCUGUACUCGGAAACAGUAAUAUUUUAUGCCAAUAAAACAUAUUCUAGACCCAGAAGAAAGACUUCGUUGAGUGUUGUGUCGUUUCAGAAAAACCCACAUGAUCGUAUGUUAGACAACAGAGGAUAGGCCUGGAGGCAGGGGAGGUAACUUUGGUUGUCAAGUUAAGAGCCACAUCUGUACAAUGUUUUGCAUCAUACAGUCGGAAGCAACGGAUACAUAAUUACAUAGCCCUACUAUAGGCAUACUCAUUACGGCUGCAAACCAUUAUGUUUUUUAGUGUUCAUCAUACUUCAAUGCUAUUUAUACCGUUCCUGGUACAACUAUGUAUACCGCUAUAUAGUUUUGACUAAAGUGACUGUGAAGUUCGCCUGGCAAGGUCUCUGUCUGGUGCUCUGGGAUCUCUAAUACUUCUUGAUAUACCCUCAGAGAGUCUUCUAACCGGCCUAUUAUAUUUGUAAUAGUGCGUUGUCAAGAUUGGAUCUAUAUGUCAAGAAAGGCCAAAACAAAACGCGCAAUGAUCUACAAUGGGAACAAGGCUCGGAGGCUUAAAUGAGUUGAUAUCAGCAAUAGAACAACAUAAAAAUACAUUUUACAAUACCAGUUAUUUUAUAGUCUCUAGUAAAAUCCGACCAAGCAUAAUCCAGUUUAAAGCCAAGUUCAGUACAAGUGCAUAUGUCCGUGGAUGACGAAUGGCAUUGAUCAACUUUAAAUAAUGCACAUACAUGAAACCACUCGAUGCAUGAAGAGAAAAAAAUCAGAAAUAUCCGCCAGUAAAAGAACUGUACCAACGUACAUACGAAUGGCUUGUUUAAAAAAUCUUCACAUAUUCAGAAACUCCAGUAAAUUGGAUAUACUUUUCGAAUUUGUCCUUGAACUGUGAAAUAUGCCAUGUGUCAUCACUAGGUCCAGAAUGAGUGACAGAUUUCGGUACCGCCUCCAAUAGAGAUCAUCGGCCAAUGGGGUGUCGGGGUUUCCAGGAAGAGGCGGAUCUUGAUGAAUGACGACCAGAGCGACAGA